ACGAGCAGUAGCCGGCUGGGGAUAAAGCGCAGCGGGUGCGAGACGCGGGAGGCAGCUGUUGAGACAGGAGGAGCGUCCUACUCGCACUGACCCACUCGCUGACCCACUCGGGAUCCGGCCUGGGGGGGCCAGGGGCACGCACGCGCACGGCGAACUUCCCGAGUGGGACUUCUAGGGGGCAGGAGUGGGGCGCCGAGGGCGCAUGGAGCCCACGGAGAAGCGGUACCUGUUGGACGUCAAACCUGGAGCCCGGUCAUAUUCUGGAACUCCUUGGCAGAAUGGGGCCUGUCCAAUUCCCUUGCCUGAGCCUGGUCUAGACCUGCAGGCCAUUGGACUAGACUCACAGAGCAAUCAGCACUGCCAUGCCCAGCAGAGCCUCAGUGACCCCUAUGACUAUCAGAAGGAGAGGGCCCGGCGACAGUUGUAUGUAGCGGCCACCAUCUGCCUUGUCUUCAUCAUCGGAGAGGUUGUAGGUGGUUACCUGGCCCACAGCUUGGCGGUCAUGACAGAUGCAGCCCACCUGCUCACCGACUUUGCCAGCAUGCUCAUCAGCCUCUUCUCUCUCUGGAUGUCCUCCCGGCCAGCGACCAAGACCAUGAACUUUGGCUGGCAUCGAGCAGAGAUCUUGGGAGCACUGCUGUCAGUGCUGUCCAUCUGGGUGGUGACUGGGGUCCUCGUAUACCUGGCUGUGCAGCGUCUGGUCUCUGGAGACUAUGAGAUUGAAGGUGGGGCUAUGCUGAUCACUUCAGGCUGUGCUGUGGCAGUGAAUAUCAUAAUGGGGUUCACUCUUCACCAGUCUGGCCAUGGCCAUGGGCACAGCCAUGGACACAAUCAUGGGAGCAGUUCAAAGCAGGAGGAGCAGAACCCCAGUGUCCGAGCAGCCUUUAUCCAUGUGGUUGGGGAUCUGCUUCAGAGCCUGGGUGUCCUAGUGGCCGCCUACAUCCUCUACUAUAAGCCUGAGUACAAGUACGUGGACCCCAUCUGCACCUUCCUCUUCUCCAUCUUAGUGCUGAUCACUACUCUAACCAUCUUGAGGGAUGUGGUUCUCGUUCUGAUGGAAGCAACCCCCAAGGGGGUGGAUUUCACCGCUGUCCGAGACCUGCUGCUUUCCGUGGAAGGCGUGGAGGGCCUGCACAGCCUGCAUAUCUGGGCUCUGACCCCAGCCCAGCCGGUGCUCUCUGUCCACAUCGCCAUUGCCCAGGAGGCAGAUGCCCAAGCUGUGCUGAAAGAGGCCAGAACCCGGCUCCAGGGGAUGUUCCAUUUCCAUACCACCACCAUCCAGAUAGAGGAUUAUUCCGAGGACAUGAGAGACUGUCAGGAAUGCCAAGGUCCCUCCGACUGAGCCUCCUCCCUCUCCUGAGCUGCUGUCUCUCCCAGAGCCACCUGGAAUCUCAGUGAAGUGUGUGGGACUGGGGGUGGGGGAGAAGAGAGCAAGGUAGUUUGUGUGUUUCUCAGACCCCCAGGGCCUCUCCCCAGGACUCAGCCUAUUCCCAUGUUCCUUUUUUAUAUGUAAAUUCAGGCACGUCCUGGACCCUCACCCUUUUGUGGGGGCCCUUGGACCGUACUGGAUUUAUUGCCUGAGCUGAGAUGAGCUGAGCCAGCCCCUCACUCAGGACCCCCUCUGCCAACAGCACUCCUGGUUGGCUCCCCCUGGCCCACUGUAAGUACCCGGAUAGGACUCUGGAUAAUUUAUAAUAUAUGAUGACUUCUUUCUUCCCCUGAAUGAUGCUCCAGGCUCUUUAUGUGGUCAGAUAGGGCAAGGUGAAGGAAGAUACCUGCCCCAUUACACAUGCUGAUGACCCUUUUCCUAAGACUGUUCCCCCAGGCUGGCUUGGAGGUACCUCUCCUGGGAAAAGAGGGAGAAUUAGGCUGUUCCUAGAAUUAGAGUUGAGGCUCUACUACCAACGGUUUAACUUUGAACUUGGCCCUAAGGGCUGGUACUGAGGCUGAGAUGGGGAAAGAGGGAAGGGACUUGCCCCCAGCCUCUCCCACCUUCUUGUUGCUGGCUCCAGGGGGUAUCUUAUAACUUUCUGUCCUGGCACAUUCCCACAAUCCUGUUUGUUUUUCCUCACUGUCAAAAGACAAAUUAUAUUUAAGAAAGACCUAAUAGGGAAGGAUGGGCUUAGAGGAGCCUGGAGGGGUAGAUGCCGAGGCCCAGACUGGGAGCACCAGGUCAGAACUUUCGGAUUUCUGUGCCUCUUAGGGCAUCUCAAGAAGUAGCCUCAGUUUCCCCAGCUAUAGGCCCUUUCAUUGAAUUAGCAUUUUCAAUCUGGAGACCAUAUCAGAGACCAGGUCAUCUGACCUUCCAAUUGACAGGACCCAGAGCUAGGAGGUGGCAUUCUCAAAGUUACCUGGUAUAUGUGGGUUCUGAGACCUAGAGCUAGAAGGCACCUCAGAGGCCAUCUAGUCUAGACCCAUUUUACAGGUGAGGAAACUAGGGGCCAGAGAAAUGACUUGCCCAGAGCCACACAAGCAGCAAGCAUCAGAGGCAGAUUUUGAACCCAGGUCUUCUGACUUCAGAGUCAGCUGUGUGCCCUGUCCAAGGGCAGAGCUGGGACUCCAUUAAGAGGCCACUUCCUGGGCAGCUAGGUGGCACAGUGGAUAAAGCACCGGCCCU